AUGUCCGGACGAGACGAGAAACCCAAGCUCCCACGUAUGCCUGGACAGGCUCGCCGUGGGCGACCCUCUCUCGUGGCGGCGGCGGCCGCCGCAGCCCCAGCCACAGCGGACGCCAGCGUGACCUCGAUGCUUGGCGAAGUGGACUCGAUUCUCACUACUGGCGGCCAGGCAAUGGACAUCGACGCACCCGCUCCUUCUGCCCCAGUCGCUCCUCCCGUACCUGUCGACGUGAAGCCCGUGAUCCCUCGCGCAGGUCCUUCUUCAGCGCCCAUGGUGCCUUCGCGCUCCGGUUCAGGCCCCUCCUCCCGUCCAAUCACCCCUGGCCCCCCAACUGCGUCUGGGGAUGGCCUAGGCCCCGGCCCGGCUCGCCUCAAGUUUAAGCCAAAGAUGCCGAUCCGCCGUGCGGUAGCUGAGCCUGAAGUCAAGGUUGAGCCCGUGGCCGUGCGGGGUGGUCGUGGGCGCGGUAUUGGGCGUGGGCGGGGUGCGCCUCGGGGACGUGGGGGUGGUCGUGGUGCAGCACCCCUCGUGACUGUCGCGGCUGGACCGUUUGGCGGCACGCGCUCUGCUGGAGCGAUUCGCCGUGUUAUCCCGCCGGCCCCACCGCGCAACUACAUGGCCGACGUUACGAGUGCCGAGGUGUACUCGGACAAUGAGGACGGUCCGUCGCACGGGGGCGGCGGCGGCGGGGUUAUCGAUAUCGAGGCGGUUAGUGGGCUGGGCGAGAGCGCCCCGACAAGCGUGUACCGCUUGCGCGACUUGGAUGGAGGCAAGGCCAAGGCCAAGGCGGCGGACAAGGCCAAGAUGAAGGAGGCGAAGCGACGGAAGCAGGAUGCGCGUAACGCUCGCGCAGCGCAUCUCGCGGCCGGUGUCGCGGCGCCGCGGAUAAAGGACGAGCCCGUCUCCCCGUCCACGACCGUUGCACAUCUCCCCGAGUUCCGGCACGGCGACAGCAUGAUCGCAGCGGACAUGGAGCAGGACCGCGACGCGGAGGGACGUCGUGUCGGAGGGAUGGACAUGUCGCGCGAGAUCAGUGGCGUGAGCACACUCUCGGGCAGCGGUGACAUCGAUGCCGCGAAUGCACUCGACCUUAGCGAGAGCGAGGACGAGGAAUACGAGGAGGACAUGGAGGGCGACUUUGUCUUCGUACCGGGCAUGGACAACCCCGAAGACAAGUUGUUCACGUUCCAGUUCCCGACCACGUUCCCUCGCUUUGCGAGCCGCGAUCCCCAGCCCGAGGAGGAGAAGAAGGAAGACGUCAAGCCCCCUCCGGCGGCGCUGCGGAAGAAGAAGGUGCUGCCGCCGCCCGAGGGGCGGGUCGGCACCCUGGUCGUCAUGAAGAGCGGCAAGGUCAAGCUCGUGCUUGGCGAGGGCGAGCAGGGGAUUGUGAUGAACGUGAACGCGGGCGUUCCGUCCACAUUCCUCACGCAACUUGUGCAUGUCGACGGAAAAAAGCACUCGACCACAGUGCUGGGCGAAGUUCACAAGAGCUACACUGCCAUGCCCGACGUCGAUCGUCUCCUCGACCAGCUGUUUCUCAACGGCGGCGAGACGCCUGGCGACCGCGAGCGCGCGGCCCGCAAGGAGGCCAAUCGCCAGGCGCGCGAGCGGGGCCUGGUCAAGAUGGAGCCGAGCUCGCCUUAA